AUGGAGUGCUGCUUUUGCUCAGAGUGCUGCCUUCGCAAGGUGUCCUGCCUUCGCAAGGAGUGCUGCCUUCGCCAGGAGUGCUGCCUUCGCCAGGAGUGCUGCCUUCGCAACGAGUGCUGCCUUCGCAAGGGGUGCUGCCUACAAAAGGAGUGCUGCCCUCGUAAGGAGUUCUGCCUUCGCAAGGAGUGCUGCCUUCGCAAGGAAUGCUCCCUUCUCACGGAGUGCUGCCUUUGCACAGAAUGCUGCCUUCGCAAGGACGUCUGCCUUUGCACAGAGUGCUGCCUUUGCACAGAGUGCUACCUUCGCAAGGAGUGCUGCCUUCGCUACCAGUGUUGCCUUCGCAAGGAGUGCUGCGUUCAGAAGGAGUGGUGCCUCCGCAAGGAGUGCUGCCUUCACAAGGAGUGCUGCCUUUGCAACGAGUACUGCCUUCGCAAGGAGUGCUGCCUUCGCAAGGAGUGCUGCCUUCGCUAG